AUGUCGGUAACACCUAGUCAUUUCCCACUGAAUGGGACAAGCCUCUUUACUGAAAAUCAUGGCAUUAUGGAUAUAACCAAUGGACAGAGAACUUUGAAUAUCUUUCUUUUUUGCUUGACGUUUAUAAUUACGCUCACUACCCUGCUGGGCAGCAUUUAUUCACUAGUUUCCUUACUGAAAAUUCAAAACAAAACCACACUUUCAAUGAUUGUGACUUCCUUGUCUGUGGAUGAUUUGAUAAGCGUGGUGCCAGUGACUAUCUUUAUGUUCAUGCAGUGGUCAAGCGAGGCACUCCCCCAGACUCUGUGCACCACAUCAGCGCUGCUUUAUUUAUUUCAGGGCAUUUCUAGCAAUCUGAAAGGUACUCUUAUAGUUUCUUACAACUUCUACACAAUCAACAAAACUGUGAUGUGGAGUCAGCGGACCUCCAAACAGCCAGUGAGCAUGAUAUGGGCCAUUCUCACUAUCUGGAUUGUCAGCUUGCUGGUGUGCAUUUUGCCUCUCUGUGGUUGGGGCACCUAUGUCCCCACCUCUUGGGGUUGCCUCACAGACUGCACCAGUUCCUAUGUCCUGUUUUUAUUCAUUGUCUACUCGCUGUGCUUCUGCCUCCUCACCGUGCUUUCUGUCCCUCUAACUUACCAACUGUUGUGCUCAGAUGAGCAACAGCGUCUUUAUGUCGAUUACCAGGAAAUCACCCGAGGCUAUUUCACCCCUGGGACGCCCCCAGUCUGUAGCACCGCCCUAUCCCUUUCUCCGGAGGAUCCUGUGGAUAAAACCCUGAAGCAUUUCCGAAACGCCUGCCCCAGCUCGGAGAUAGUAUUCAGGCAAAGCCCAGCUGAGAGCUGUGGGCUGGACUCCCAUUGCACAAACAGUGUGCAGAGCAGGAGCUACACUGUGGAGUUUGCUCAGAAACGAUUCUCGCUGAUUCUUGCGUUGACAAAAGUCAUUCUCUGGCUUCCAACAAUGAUACAGAUGGCUGUCCAGCACAUAGUUGGUUUUCAAAGCCUUUCCUUUGAGACAUUCAGUUUUCUGCUGACUUUACUAGCUGCCACGGUCACCCCUGUGUUUGUUUUGUCAGAACGCUGGAUCCACCUGCCCUGUGGCUGCAUCAUUAACUGCAGGAGGAAUGCAUAUGCCAUUUCUUCCGAAGAAAGGAAAACAAAAAGGAGGGGUUUUGAAUUCAACCUAUCAUUCCAACAAGGUUAUGGAAUCUACAAGAUAUCCCAUGAAAACCACCACCAUGAUGACAAUGGUGAUGAUAACUCUAUAUCAUAUCACAACCUGAUGAACUAUGACUGUGAAAACACACAAGAAUCUCAGAAAGAUAGCAACAAAAUCCUUAAAUCUGCCAAAAUUGAGUUCAGCACCAUACCCAUAGAGGAUAGCUCCAUGUUUAAAGAUUUCAACAAGGGCAAAAGUAUGGAGACUAAACAAGAACUUGGCAAGGACAAAAGCAUGGACUGUCUUCUUUCUGACAAACUAGGAGCCUUUAAAAGAGAGGAGGUCAGAAACUUUGACAAAUCAACAUUUUUUGAAGCGCAGGAAAGAAGGCUGUCUCACGAGGAGAGCCGUAAACCAGAACUCUCAGAUUGGGAGUGGUGCAGGAGCAAAUCUGAAAGGACUCCUCGUCAGCGCUCAGGUGGGGCCUUAGCUAUUCCUUUAUGUGCAUUUCAAGGGACUGUAUCUCUCCAUGCACCCACGGGAAAAACACUCUCUUUAUCUACCUACGAGGUAAGCACCGAAGGGCAAAAAAUAACACCCACAUCAAAGAAAAUUGAAGUAUAUCGAUCAAAGAGUGUUGGUCAUGAGCCAAACCCUGAGGAUUCUCCUACUACAUUUGCAGACACAAAUGUUAAAAUUCAUUUAGAAGUUCUUGAAAUUUGCGACAAUGAAGAGGCCAUGGAUACUGUAUCAAUCAUCAGUAAUAUCAGCCAGUCCUCUACUCAGGUCAGAUCCCCAUCCUUGCGUUAUUCACGGAAAGAAAACAGGUUUGUUUCAUGCGAUUUAGGAGAAACUGCUUCCUACUCUCUCUUUAUACCAUCAAACAAUCCUGACAGCGAUAUUAACAUAUCAAUUCCAGAUACUGUUGAAGCUCAUAGGCGGAAUAGUAAAAAGCAGCAUAUGGAGAGAGAUGGUUAUCAGGAAGAAAUACAAUUGUUAAAUAAAGCAUACAGAAAAAGGGAAGAAGAUGGCAAAAGCAAUUAA